AUGGUGUUUUUACCAGAAGCUUAUGAUUACAUUGGGUCCUCUAUUUCGGAGACUUUUGCUCAGGCAGAAUGCGUUGAGAAGGGCGACCUGAUGGUGAAACUUUGUGGCCUUGCAUCUGAAAAUAAAGUAUGGCUUUCUCUGGGUGGAGCGCAUGAAAAAAUCGAUAGAAAGAGUGAUUCUGAAGAACGCGAGAGAAUCGGCAACGCGCAUAUUCUUAUUGAUGAUAAUGGCGUUAUAAAAGAGAAAUAUCGAAAGAUCCAUCUUUUCGACGCACCCGUGGUUGGACUCAAGGAAUCGAACUGGACUCUGGCUGGUGAAAAGCUAUCUGAAAUUAUCCCUUCGCCUGUUGGUAAUCUGGCUCUAAGUAUUUGCUACGACUUGCGGUUUCCUCACCUGUCGCACGAAUAUCGCAGACGUGGUGCAAAUGUUCUUACCUUUCCGAGCGCUUUUACUGUUCCGACUGGAAAAGCGCACUGGCAUACGCUUUUGCGCGCUAGAGCAAUAGAAACCCAGUGUUUUGUGGUAGCUGCAGCACAAUGUGGGAAGCACAAUGAAAAGAGAUCAUCUUUUGGUCAUUCGCUCGUCGUUGAUCCUUGGGGAGAAGUCAUUCUAGUCACGGUUUCAUUCAUAAAUAUUACUCAAUCAAUUAUGACCGCGGAGAUUAAUUCUGUAAUUGAAAUAAACCAAAUCGAAGACAUGGAGGAGAAUAUUGGAGUUGGGUACUGCGAGCUCGAUUUAGAGAAAAUCAACAAAGUUCGAACUUCAAUGCCUGUUAUGGACCAUUUUAAAUAUGAUAUUUAUCAAUAA